UGUCCUAAUAUUUCAGACUUACUCGCAGUUAAUUAAUUAGUGUGCAUGUAUGAGUGAAGGUAGUUUGUGAACAUUUAAAAUUCUACUUUUCAGAGAAAACUAGCAUGUCUGCAACUUACUUAUAUGUCUGAACUGUUGCCUGUGUUUUCUUUUUUCUUUUUUUCAUUUUGCCAACCGAUCUGUGUAUGCUGGAAUUGAUGUGAAUCUCCACAGUAUACGGCUUUGCACUGGGCAGCCAAACAUGGGAAGCCAGAAGUUGUGAAAAUGAUUGCGGGAAGUAAAGCGCGAGUCAACUUUAACCAAAGAUCUAUGGUAAGUAAGGCAAAAGUUCUUUUCCUGAAACAAGUGUGAUCGGCCAAAAUUAGAGUUUCAAGGGGCAAGAAGACAAGUGCUGAUUCAAUUUUUAACUGUCAAUUUCUUCUACUUUAUUGUCAGCGUCUCAGACGAAUAUUUAUUAAAACUUGCAAAUGUGUGGAAGAUCAAGCUGCUCGGAUUGUUUGUAAGGGCACUGUGAUAAAUGAAGUGAUACUGAAAGUGCUUUAUUCAAUUAAAUGAACUCUAAUCGAAUCAUCCAUAUUUGACUGUCAAGUUUGUAUCCAUCUCUGUGCUAAUGAAGGAAAAUACGAUAUCUAAUAUAUUUAAUGUGCUGGGUCGUUAUGUGCGCUGCAUCCCUUAAUCUCCGAGCGGUGCAAGAGCUUCCAGAGAAAAAAACAGCAGAGUUUGAAUAUGUAAUUUAAUCAGGGAGAUUACAGCGAAGCCAGUGUUCUAGUGUCACCUGACAUGGUGGCGUUUUGGAGCUGAGAUUUGGCUGACACAGAUCUGACAUGAAGCUGACAUCAAUCUUUCCUUGUUGUAUGUUUGUCCGUGACGUUGCCUCUGUUGCCGGCUGAAUCCUCAGGGGGGUUAUACACCAUUGCAUUUAGCAGCUAUGCAGGGCCAUGAUGCUGUCAUUGAUCUCCUUGUGAGCACCUAUAAAGCAGACCCAAACAUUCGGGAUUAUACUGGGAAGAAAGCCAAGCACUACCUGCGGACAUCGGCUUCAAACAAAGCUCAACAACUGUUAUUGUCCCGCCGUCAAACACAGCCACCGAUCACUACGUCUAUAAGCGAAUCUUUCCUACGGACGGCAUCAUUCCGUAAGAGUCGUUCCAAAGCUUUGUCCUCUCUCAUGGGCUCCCAGCUCGGCCCUAUGAUCAGGAAAAGUUGGGAGGGAGACGGAGAUGGGGAUGUGUUCGAUUCGCGUAUCACACCACCAAACAGCUCCAAAACCUCCCCGCAAGUUCGCCGGAAGGGUUCGUUACAGCUUGCUGGUGAUCGCAGCUUGAUGCCCCCACCGUCUGGUCCGGUACGCAGGAAAAAGUCACGGUCGCGAAGCCGUGAGUCAAAUCCCGAAGGCAGCCAAUUUGCCAGAACGGGUUCUGACCCAAAUCUACGCUCCCAAGCGGCGAAGUCUGCCAUUUUAUGAGAUAGCAUGUAGCCAUGUAGGUGUAAUGGGGAUUACUGGGGACGUCGUGUUUUAGUCGCCUAGAAGAUAUAGCCUUGGAUGGAGAGCGACCUAUACUGCAAUAUAACUGUAUCAUCGACACUAGAAGGUCAGCUUGGUACAUUUCCCCGCACGAUGGCGAUUCGGGUCCAAGCCGAAUUAACCAUUAUUCUGUUGCAAUGAAUGUGUAUUACGUUUCCAUGAUUACUCAUUAAACGCCAUCGCAAAGAAAAGGAUCGAACAGUAGGAUGUAGCCGGAUAAGUUCCUUAUUAAUUCAAUCAGUUUUGCCAGUUUUGUCGCUGUGCUAUAUAGUGUUGUACUGUACAUGUAUAAAUCAAUGUUUACAGGAAAGUUAACAGUAAACAAGUAAUUUGUUAAUGCUAUUGUAAAUAGCAUUAAUUAACGGUCUUUGUAUUCAAUUUCUGCAGAAUGUUUCGCCGUGGUUGCAAUCACGCAAGGGACAUUCUUAGCCGUUGACCGUACACCAGUAUAUCGUGAACCGUAUCAGUUCUGUCAUCUGUUUAAGGCUUUCACAUGUGAAUGUACAUACCUCUUUAUUGGCAAUAUAAGGUACUUACUUUGCUCAAUAGGUUCUGUCAGUUUAACCAAAGCACCCUGUCCAGUUGUUCUUUCUUGUUCAUUAUCUACAUGUUUGGUAAGUUUAUUUUAUAAAUAUAUCCAAUGAAAACUUCAUCUAAUGUCUCGAAUUCGACGUUAAAAAGUCAAGAAGAUACAUUCUGUGUGAGGCGAUUAACUUGGAAAACACAGCUUAUAUAUAUAUAUAUAUAAUAAUUUUAAAGGUAUGAUUUUUGUGGAGUAUUACUGUAUGCAGCAAAUUUAUAGUUAUACAGGAGGUCUUGUGAGAUAUAUGAUAACCAGUCACAGGAUAUAUGUGCACAUUUAUUUUGGGAUAUCUCUAUUUCAUGUUGAAUUGUUAAGCUGAGUAACAUUUAAAUAUGUGUUAACUAAUACGCACGUUCAAAACAACUAAUAAAGUAUAUAUU